AUGAACAAGGACAAGCAGAGCCAAGGGACUGGGUCCACCGAACCUCUUUCCCCAUCCAAAGGCCAGAAACCUACCAGGAUGCCCAAAUGCUCCCGCUGUAGGAACCACGGAUAUGUGUCCCCUCUGAAGGGACACAAACGCUUCUGCAACUGGAGGGACUGCCAAUGUCCUAAAUGUAAACUGAUAGCAGAAAGGCAGAGAGUCAUGGCGGCCCAGGUUGCCCUGAGACGGCAGCAGGCUCAGGAGGAGGAGCUUGGGAUUUGUAGUCCAGUAGCUCUGUCCGGCUCUGAGGUGAUGGUGAAGAAUGAAGCAGGACAGGACUGCUUGUUCUCUGUGGAGGCACGAUCCCCAACUCCCAGCAGCACCUCCACUCUGGCUGUCACAGGGAGUCGCUCGGCUUCAACCCCCAGCCCAUCAGCUGCUUCCCGAGCUCAUACUGAGGGAUCUUCAGACCUGCUGCUGGAAACCUCUUAUUACAACUUCUAUCAGCCUUCACGCUACCCCACCUACUACAGCAACCUCUACAACUACCAACAAUACCAGGUGGAUGAUGAUAAACAAUGGUUGUGUAGAGCUUCCAGACAGGUGAUGGUGCCAGAUAAGAAGACAGGCUCUCUCAGGGAGAUGCCUCAUGGUGAUGGUCGCCUUUCAUCCCACAAUGUUUCCUCUCAGUACCGCAUGCACUCCUACUACCCAGCAGCCACCUAUCUGACCCAGGGCCUGGGCUCCACCAACUGUGUGCCACCCCUCUUCAGUCUGGAGGACAACAAUAACAACAACAAUUGCCCUGAGACCAUGGCAGCUUCCGUAUUCCCUCCUGGAGGUAUUGCUACUGGUCACGACUCCACCAUGACCUGCAGGUCCAUCAGCUGCCUGGUCAACUCUGACAUCAACGCUGAGUGCGAGGCCAGCAACGAGACGCCAAACUUCACCGUUGACUCCAUCAUGGAUGGUGAUGCUACCAAAUAAAAGAAGCUAAGAAGAACAUUACACGACAAAAGCAUUAUGAGACAACUUGAUCACAAAUGUUCCUGCAAAAUAGUUAUAUAGUUAGUUGUGCUACAAGUUUUACUGUUUCUGUAUGAGGCACAAUAACAUGUACUUUAUAUUGUUUUAGAGAGUACAGGUAGUUAGCAUUUGUUUUGUAGUUCAUUUGUAGCCACACAACAGUUCAAUCUGCUGUUACAGCCAGUUCACGAGUGGAAAGUGUAUGCUGCCUUCAGAAAUGAGCAAUUCACAGAAAUCAACAUUCAUUCUCAAAUAUUAGGAAGUCUCCCUGGAUAAACGGACCCUUUGUCCAUUCACACUCUAAAAGAUGGCUGAGUACACAGUUCAUAAGUCUGACUGUAUUUAUAUGUGAAGUUCAACACUUGCUUUAACCCUCCAAAAGCAACAGCUUAUGCAAAAGUUAUGUGUUUUUAAUACCGAAAGGAAAAGUGAAGCAAAAGCAGAAUAAUGGCUUUAAAUUUGACUUGUGUCAUUUUCACACUGUAGAAGCAGAGGCUUAUAAAGAUAGAAAUUGACAACAUUGACAAUCACAACACAGGCUUAGUGUUUAUUAAGAGCAAAAAAAUAUAUUUGAUAUGAAAUUUGAGGCACUUAUUUAGAAAUGUCAGAGGUGAAGUCUGACUAAAUGGGGUGUUUGUGUGCCCUAAUUUUCUUUAAUUUCCCCCUGCAGUUUACAUACAUGCAUUUUGAUUUCUCAGUAAUUUAUUAGGUAACAAGCUUGACCCUAGUCUUUCUAGUGAACAAUAAUUUAAGGAUCUGCAGAUCAAAAGAUGUUGACGUCCCAGAAAAAAUGAUUUUGUUUUCUUUUAAAUUAUUAUUAAUGACUUACCAACAGACCAAACUGCCGUCUUUUACUGAAAUCAUUGAUUAAAAGUUUGUUUCACCUGUAACACUUAACAGUGUAGUCACAUUGUACUCACACUUAAAGACCGUACCAAACAAGUAGAUGUAGUCUCUGUCAGAUAAUCAUUUCUGGAGCAAAAAGCGGUUGGGUUGUAUACAAGACUAUGAGAAUAUGAGCCUUCUUCUUACUUCAUUUAUUACCUCACCAUAGCUAUUCCUAACAAGGUAAUGGUUUCACCUUUCUAAACCAUCUCCUUUAACCAUUAAAUGAUAGCUUAGUGUUUACAACCCUCCGCUCAUCUCCAGCUCCGCACUCUGGUCCAAAUAUUGUCACAUAUAGUCCGCAAGACAAGAUGCUUAUGGCCAAAAUGCAGAACUCUUUGCUUUAAAACCAGCAGUCAACAUAAAGAUGGCUACGUAUGCUCCUUACAUAUAGUUUUGUGAACCUUCUGAUAGGCUUUAAAACGCAACAAUUCUCACUGAUCCAUUGGCAUCGUUUGUACCAGAGAAUUCACAUCUCUUGUGUAUUUCACACUUUCAGUCCAGGAGUUUCUCUUAGUUUAAGCAGCAAAUGAGUUGCAUAGAACUUAAACAAUGGAGGUUUUUUUGGGGUUUUUUUGCGAAACAAUCCUAAAAGUUUUAUAAUUUAGGCUUUUCAAAUGUUAUCUGCUUUCUCUCAAUUUAAACAAGAUAACAUUGAAUAUGUUCAGAAGUAUUUGGAUGUCACUUUGAAUACAGGAACCUUUUUUUCUUGAAUUUCUUGUAUUUUAAAGGGCUUUUUUAUUUAAAAAAAUUCCAGGUAACAGGUAAAAUUCAUGG